GGAACUACUAAUACUGAAGUGUCUGUAAAGUGCUUUAGAUCGCAGCAUUAAUUUUGGAUCCAGUUAUAGGGUUUGAAUUGAUGUGGCUUGCAUCUAGCUGGGCAAUAAGUAAAAUGACAGGCAAAGAUAUUUCACAGAAGGCAGAUGGAAAAAAAUUCAUUUCAGGUGUUGUGGAAGGUGGGUAGAUGAUACAUUUUGCAUGUGAAGUUGUGUUGUUAACAGAGAAAAAUGUGUUGUGACUCUGACUGUGGACAAAACAAAUAAGAAAUUAAAAUGGCGACUUCCGGGGAGCUAUUUUUAUCGAGAUUGCCCAAACUUUGGUUUAUGAACUUAAUCCGUUCCGUGAACCUGGCCCAAUAUAUUUUUUACCGUUAUUGUCCUUUUGACUAACAUUAUUAAGAUUUAUAGGUCUCCCGGAUUUCCACAAAAACACACCCUUAAAUAAAUAAAUUAAUAAAUACUAAUUGGCUGGAGUCUAGACAGCUUUUCACUAAGUUUGAUUGUGAACUGUUUGUUGUACAGCCUAGGCCUAGGCCUUAGGCCGAUUUAUUUACUGUUUAUAAAAAUUAGGCUGCCUCUAGUAGGUACUUUAUUAAAGAAUUCUGCUAUAGUUAGCAGCAGGGCCAGCGAUGUCUUCCAGAGUAUAAAAGUCAUGGAGUUUCCCCAGGUAAACUUCCGGCGUAAAGCAAAGGAGUGGGGAGACUGCAAGAAAAAGAUAACAAAACUGAAUGGAAAAUUUAAUUUUAACUUAGCCUAUUCCAUAUUAAUAAUAUUAACUGUAUCAAUCGUCCGAUUAUAGUGAGAUAUGGGAAUCGCUGAAAACCGGGUAUCGUGAUUUCGUUAUCAAAAUGGCGACCUCCACUUUUUAAUUUACCGAGACCCUCGUUGUUUACGAUUUUUUUGCUAAUUAUAGCCCAGCAAGAACAUUCUAUUUCCGCCCACAACUUUGAGUAGACAUGUUGUUUUAUGAUUAGACACUAUUGUUCUAAAAAAUAUUUGAGGUCUUAACUUUGAAAAUUGAAGGUAAAAUAAUGUUUAUUUUACUCAUUCAUAUUUUUUUUCUGGAAAGGGUGUCUUUCUUAAAUAAAAAGACGACGGGAGAUAAUAGCAUAAAUUACACCAUAUCAAAGAUUCAAGAGGUUAGCACCCAGUUCAAUGGUCUAAAAAUGCCUACCAAAUUUUUGUCACAUGUGUCCCAAAAUGACCUAUUAUCGAUAACGAUUUUUAAUAAUAAAAAAAAAAGUAAAUAACUUGAUUUACAAUGGAAAUCCAGCUUAUUACUCCAAAAUAACUCAUUCAAAAAUAAAAACAAACAUUUUAAUAACACAGAUACCUAUCUAAACAACAUAAAUAUAUAUUUUUAACUUGUUUUGAUGCUUUUAAUUGAAGGGUAUUGACUUGGGUAUUGGGUUAAACUGAAUUAUUAUUAGCCCCAUUUUUAUUAUAAUUAAUAUAUUAAAUAUAAAAGUUUAAUAUAUAUACAGGCCUAGAAAAGUAUCAGUAUAGUAUUUUAAGUAUAGGCCUAGCUCCUGCCCAACUCAUUAUUUGUGUGACACAUUAUUUGUUAUUUGUAAUAAUAUUUUAAUGAAUAUUAUGAUUCUUAAUGAAUAGAUUAAGCAAAAAUGUUAAAAAAAUAGUCACUUACCUUUCAUAUUGAAAUAUCCUAUAUUUAAUCACAUAUCACAAUAUUUCACAAGAGAAUUAUUACAUAAUCCUUGUAUUCUCAAAGAAAAAACACACUUUCUGCCACAAUAGUCCAAGAAUUACUUAAGAUAUUAUUAAUAAUAUUAAAGAACAAUCAUAAAAACUUAUACUUACCACAAGCAAAUGACUAGAACUUAUUUUAGUUUGUAUAAACCACCAAAGUUGAUUCUAUCAAUGCAUGUUAAUUUGUGAAACAAGAUUACUAACUUGUAAAAAAAUGACAUACUAUUUUUUUGUCAUAUUCAGACAUUCAUAUGAUAUGGGACUAAAAUACAUAUAGAUCUAUAGAAAAUGGUAAAAUAAAAAGUGUAAUCGUAAAUUUUAACUAAAUGAAACAAGUAAUCCCUUUAUUAUUAGUUUAUACUUAUAAAUGUUAAACAAUUCCACAGAAAAUUUGAAAUUUAGAUCUAAAGAAUAUUAUUAUUAUUAUGAUUCUAGGGAAAUUUAAAAAAAAAUAUUUAAACAAAAUUAAUUAAUUAAUUUCAAAUAAGUGAAGAGUCAGCAUAUUUAUACAUAUUUUAAAAGGAAAAAAUCAAGAUUUAAAAAAAAUUUUUUUUGCGGAAUAUUAACAAAAACUAACUUAUAUUUUGUGGUUCUAUUUAGAAGUACUCUUAUUUAACUAUGUUCCCUGUAAAUAUUAUAUUUUUGUCUCAUUUUACAAUAAAGUUAUAGGCAUUCAAAAAAAAGCAAAUUGAGGGUCACGAAAUGUGGAGGAAAAUCCCAUAGUAAAAAAGUGCCUUUGAGGUCCCUACUAAAAAAAUCAUAACUUUUGAACCACUUGAGCUAGAAAGUUGAUCUUGGUGUUUUUGUAAUCUAUUCUCCAGGCUCUAUACAGCUGUAGUGUUUUUAUAUUUUUAAAAAUGUUUUGAAAUUUUAAUCAAAGUGCCUAUAAUAAUGCUCAGUGAAGAACAGACAAGUUAUCAUUGUCAUUGUUCAGGUCUAAAUGUUGGUCCUGUCACCCUAAGUCUUAUGUUGGGAUUCCCCGAAGUGAUGUCACUACACUUAGGAUUAGAUAACUCCUGGCUAAACCCAUGCCGCUAACGGUACAACUACCAAAAAUUCCAGUAAAUUUAUGCAUGGGUUCACCACUCAUUUCCCACAUCCGCCACCUUGGUUACAAUGAUGCCAGGAAUAUAAUGGCGACCGUGCAAGGUAGUACAAAAACAAAUGGGCUAAAAUUGGGAGGGGAAAUUGAGAGUGCUGUUUUAGCUACUAUGUUGAGAGAAAUGAAAAUUAGGAAAAAAUCUAUGAAAUUUAAUGAGUCUUGUUGAGAAAAACCUUCAAUCCUAAAAUCGACAACUCUUACCCUAAUCUGAAUGCUAAGUCAGUAUCCCUAAGUCAGGCAUAAAUUCCCUCUACUCUAAACUUAGGCCUGGGCUUGCCUUAGUUCUUAAGGUUUAAGAUUUAAAAUGUAAGAAUUAAGAUUUGUAGAAAAGAGCUAGAUCUAGACCUACUCACAUACUUAAAAUUUUAAUACAUUGUUUAGCAUAGCCCAUCUAGAAUCUGUAAAUUUCGAUUAUAUAUUAGCAUUUAGUCUGCACCCUUGCCAUUUAUCCUAUGAGUGGACUGGUUUUGCUUUUCCAUUUUAUGAUUUGAUUAAAGUUAUGUAUUUUAAUCAUUUAUAGGCCGAUAAAGAUUGAGCUAUCGUUAUGGGUUUUGCCAAGAGUUGUCUGGACCUAAGCGCAGUGACGUUUGGGGAAUCCCAACACUCAACUUAGGGUGACUAGACCAACAUUUGGACCUGCAACAGAAUGAUGUAUAUGACAAUUUUCCUUCUUCACAGAAAAUUAUUUGGGUCAUAAACUAAAUCUAACGGUUAAUAAAGUUUAUUUUAAAUAUAUUUAAAUGAAAUUUUCCAUUCAUUUUUCAAUUUUCAAAGGUUGAAAAGAAAUAGCAUUUACAGCAAGACUCUCAAUUAGCAGAUUCCCCAAAACGACCACUGGUGAAAAAGUCACACUCAUCCCUUAAAGUACUGUCUUUCGAUAGGUUGAAACAAUAAGUACUCAUAUUCCAUUAAUUUCAAUAAUGUUGCCAUUCCAUUUCAUGGUACAUUUCAACAUAACUUUUUGGUAAGUGGUCAGACGAAGACACCCCCAACCCCAUUUUGUACCGAGCUAAAAAUAGAAAUAGAGAACUAUAGCUGGAAGUUGACCUAGGGAACAUCCAUGACCAAUAUACUGUGGAAGUUAUUCCCUGCCUUAUUUUGUGUUCCUGACCCAUUCUAACUCAUUCACUAGAAUCUUAAUAGCUUAUCAGAUGAUCAGUGUGAGUAUCAAGGGGAAAAUGUUUUAGUGUUAUUUUGUCUUGGUGACUUAGUGUUUAGUUUUAAAUUUUGAAAGCAUUUAACCCUUACAGUACCAGGCACAUCUUUUUGCAGUCACCUACUUUUUCCCUGUUACCCAAGCGCGUCUAUUUGCCACAUAGAGGGAUAUUUUAUAUCAACAUAGAAACGAGGAUAUAACCUUUCACCAUAGUCUCGGGCAGAAUGUUUACUCGUUAGGGGAAUAGUUGAAUUUUAAUUUGCCUUUUAAAUUUUAAAAUCAACCAAUUACUGAGUUUUUUGUGCGGAUCUGUAUUUUUUUUUUCCAUGGCUCUACAAUAUCGCUAUUGUUGACGACUGACACGCAAUCCCCCAGUGAGCCAUUGCCAAAGAAAAGUUUGAAAAAAAACACUUUAAUUUUUUAACACCCUUAUCCAUUUCUGAACAGAUAAUUCUCACAUGUUAUUAUUAAUUAUUUAAAACAAAAAAGUUACAAAAUAAUUUGCAAACCUAUACAAUUUUGGCUCAUUCCAAAAUAAUGUCUGAGCCACAGGGAAUAAUUAGCAAAAUAAUAGCCGUUACUGAGGCAAUAAUAACAAAAAGCAGGUCAGUACUGUAAGGGUUAUAUUUGCCUCUUCUUUUUCAGUAAUAUUAUGUUUUCUAAUUAUGUUAAACUCUUAUUAUUAAUUUUAGGGUUCUAUGGACGGCCAUGGAGUGCAGAUCAAAGAAAAUUGCUUUUCAGCUGGUGAGAAGAAUUAUUAUCUUUUUUUAGUAAAAAAUGUGUAAAAACUUUUUUCUUCCUAAGCCUUAAAUCCUAAUUAUGACCUUUACUUUUCGUAUUAAAAUAUUAUUAGCUUAAGCAUCUAAAAUGAUUAUCCUGGUAGCAUUUUGUGUAGGCCCAGACAAUUUGUUUAUCUGUUUUGUACAGAUAUCUACCACAUUGUGAAUCAUUUUUUUUUUUUUAUAUUCAUUUGUACUUUAUUUCUUUGCUAGUUUGUUAUGUAUUAUAAUGUUAAAAAUUCACAAACUAUUGCUAACUUGUAGGCCAUAGAGUGAAAACUAAGCAAUAUCUUACUACCUCUAAUGACUCCUGUAGUCAAUAUCAAUCUGUAUAAGGUACAAAGCUGGGUACAAUGAACUAGUUUUAUUGGUAUAACUUUUAAAUUAUAAUAUUAUUGUUUUUAAAUAAGAUUUUUGUUUAUAAAGAAUAAAGAUAAUAUUAAUCUCAUACUGUAUACUAAAUGGAAUUGUAAUUUAUGAAUAUUGUACUGUUUUAUUAAUAAAAAAUGUUUCCUGUGCUACACAAGUUUUUAUUCUUUAAUAAUAGGGUUGAUUUACUUUAAUGGGAAAAUAACAAUGUGAAUGAUGAACACACUCUUUGCCUUCAUGUAUUUAAUAGUUGUAGAAGAAUACACAAACGUUGUUUUUUUUUUAUUGUAAAAAUUUGCAAUAUGUACCUUUUAAAUACCCAAAUGGGCUGAAUUGAUGUGGAAUGUUUUUUUUUACGUUUAGGAUGCAAAAAUCCGGCCUGAAUACUUACAUGUAUGCACCCAAAGAUGACUACAAACAUAGGGCUUAUUGGAGAGAGCUUUACUCGGUAGAAGAAGCAGGUAGAACAUAUUUUAAGUGGUUUAAAUAGUAGCAUUUUAAUUUUGUUGAAAAAAACAAUUUUUAGCAUCUAUUACAAUUUUUUAUUUCAAGAAUCAUUGGUAAUGAAUGCUAUUUAUUAAGUUUAAAUCAUAUAAUUCCUAUUUUUACAGAAAAUCUCUCUCAUCUUAUAAGUUCUGCAAAAGAUAAAGAUGUGACAUUUGUAUAUGCCAUUUCACCUGGUCUGGACAUAUCAUUUUCAAAUACAAAAGAUAUCCAGGCUUUGAAGCGGAAACUGGAACAGGUGGAUUAAAUUUAAAAAAUUCAUAUCUAAAAAAAACCAAACAACUCAUUACUUAUAAAUUUAUAAAUAUAUGGUAAAUAUCUAAAUAGUCUAAAUCAGUGAUGAGGAUUAAUUUUAAAAUUUUUUUUUUUUUUUUGGAACAAGGUUGCCACAUUUGGUUGUGAAGCAUUUGCAAUGCUUUUUGAUGAUAUUGACCCAGAGCUGUCAGAAGCUGAUCGCAGUGCCUUUCAGUCCUUUGGGUUAGCACAAGUUUCAGUCUCCAAUGAAGUUUUUGAGCAUCUUCUCCAGCCAAAACUUUUUUUAUUCUGUCCAACAGGUAUUUUUUACUUUUUUCUUUCUUUUAAAUAUAUUCUCUAAUUUAUAUUCAUUACAUUGAAAAAGAUGCACCAGUUUCACGUUUUAUUUUAUUUAUAGUUGCAAAAUACUUUCUCAGCAUUUUUAAUACAUUGUUUAUUUUUAUUUAGAUCCAAAAAAGUAAAUAAUGAAUAAGCAAAGUGUCUAUAAAAUUGCAGAGUAUUGUGCUUCUAGGGCAGUUCCAAGUGUGGCUUCAUCAGAGUAUCUCAAUACGAUUGGUUCAAAACUACUUCCUGGCAUUGACAUUAUGUGGACAGGUAAUAAUUUUUGGCAUCAUGAAAUUUGUAUUAUAAUGAAAACUAUAACUAGAUAUUUAUUUUAUUGAAGUUGUUAAUAAAGUAUAUUCAGCAAGGAUUUGGAGCGGAGCUGGAAAAGCUCUCAAAACACACACACACACACCUAAUUUUUUUUUAGUAUUGUCAAAAAAUGCCUGCUCCAAUUCCCUGGUAUCAAGUAUCUAAAAUUCUUUUAUAUGUUUACAAUACUUAAAAUAAAUUUUCUUUUAAUUUUAGUUUGAGAUGAGUUUUCUUUGUUGCUGAAAAGACGUUUGAUAUUAAAACAAGUAGUUAUCUAUUAAUUAAUCCCUGUACAUCCUAUUAAAACGAUAAUAAUUGAUAUUUAAUUUUGUCCAUAAUUAAUAUUUGUAUAAAAUAAAGAUUAUUUUACUAUAUAUGUCUUAAAAUAAAUGGUUACUAGUUUAAUCUAGCUUUGUACUAACAAGUUAAACUUUUCUAGGUCCCAAGGUUGUUAGUAAAAAACUCACUGUUGCUUCACUAGAAGAAAUUGCAGCUGCCUUGAAAAGACCGGCUGUUAUUUGGGACAACAUUCAUGCUAAUGACUAUGAUCCUAGACGGAUAUUUUUGGGUCCAUAUGAUGGCAGAUCUCCAGAGGUGAUUCCUUACAUAAAUGGUGUAAUGACCAAUCCAAAUACAGAAUUUGAAGCUAACUUCAUGGCAAUUCACACAUUGGGACAAUGGUGCCAGUCUAAUCCUAAUGGAGUUAAGAAAGACAUAAUCAAAGGCAAGUAUAUUUUAAGCUCCUUUUGGAUAUUGAAAUCAUUUUGUGAUAUAUUUUUGCAAUAACUGGCUGGUAAGUUAUCUAUAUUUUUUAUUGCAAUAAAUAAAAAACAUUUUUCUAUUACAGGUGAUCGAAUGAGCCCAAUAGCAUCAGAUAUCAAGCUUGAAACAGAAAGUGAUUAUAUUUCUGAUGAUGACAUCCCUAUUCAUAUUGACCUUAGAUAUCAGCCUAGAUUGGCUCUAAAGAGUGCCAUGAAUGAUUGGCUUGCAGAAAUUCAUUGUAGACGUGAACCACCCCGCCAACCUUUCCCCCGUGUAAUACCAACAUACCUUCCAGGUGCCAUACUUUCAGGACCUCCAGGUGUACCUACCUAUAUUCCUCCUGGUCCCCCUGUAGUUCUUAAUCCCACACCUCCACCGUCCAUUCCUCCAGGUAUCCCUUCAUGUCCUCCAGGUAAUCCAACAAUUCCGCCAGGGAUCACACCAUUUUCUGUCAACAUUUCGGGUGAUAUUCCUUCUGCUGCCCAGCCAUGCAUGAAUCCAUCUGAUUUACAAGCACCUUCAACCCCACCUAAAAAUUACUUGCCACCGUCACCACCUGCUGGUCUUCCAAUGCCUGACAUUAUAAAAACCUGUUUGACACCCUCAUUUACAACUCAGACAAUGACAACUGCGGGUGUUACAGCUCUAGCAACUAUAUGUACAAAUGCCCAAGCACCUCUACCUAUUCCUACAUUUCUUCAGCCACCUAGCCUGCCUGUUAGUAGCUUAUUAGAGUUGCCACAGCCAGGACCAAUCUCUGAUGCACUAUUGGGGACUGACUCUGGGGCUGAACCUAUGGAAAUUGGCACAACUUGUCCUUUGGACAAUUCAGAAAAUUCUCAGAACAACACUAUGGCUAACAAUGAAAAUAAUAUUGCACCAACCCUUGAAAAACAGAACUCAACAGACAGUUUGAUGCAGAUUGAAUCUGAUAUGGGUGAGAAAAAUGAAGACACAAUUUCUGAUGGUAGGGGAAAUUACGUUUUUUCUGAAGAUGAUGCUCUAUUGCUGUGUGAUUUAUUCUACAUGCCAUUUGAACAUGGAGCACAAGGUCUGUUUUUUCUUCAGAGACUACACUGGCUAAGGACCAAUGCACAUAUAAUUGUAGAGAAAAACAGCAAAGAAGCUAAUACUUUUGAGGUAAGAAACUUUUCAGAUUUUAACUAGCAUAUAUUGUUAUGUCCAUCAUCUUGACCCCGUAGGGACCAGUUGGGUAUAGGACACCUAGCAUCUCUUAUUUUGCUUUGCCUGACAUGACUCAUUUAUUUUUCUCCAUGUUAUUGCUAAUAAAUUCUAUACAGGAACUCUGAAUAUAAUAUAUUAUAUAUACACACAAAUACAACCAGGUAAAAAAAAUAGCAAGCAUCACUUGGCUUGAGAUGAUUAAGAACCCACAUACAUAUAUACACAUAUACAUAAGUGAUAAAUACACAUGUGUGUAUAUUGCAUAUGUGUGUGUGUAUAUAUAUAUAUAUAUAUAUAUAUAUAUUUAUAUAUAUGUAUGAAUAUACAUGUGUAUGUUUAUUCAUGUGGAUGUUUGACCAUUGCAAAGCUGUGGAGUUUCAUUAGAGGGAUUGUGCCAUAUAAGUAAGCUAUAGUAAAUCUUUAUUUUUCUACUAUGAUUAAUUUUAUGUAAUCACCCAAAUUUUGCCAAUUCUGGUAUCAGCACAUUGUCACUGAUAUAAUUUCAAACAUUUUAAAUUUCUCUUUGGAAUUUGUGAAAUAGUUUUACUAAAAAGUAGUUUUAAUUAAAUAGUGGAACAAGAAAUGUUUAGGCUUGAAAAUAAAAAAAUGUCUUUUAGUGGACGUUUCGGCUAGAUGUCUUCAGCAGGCAAUUAACAAAUAGAACUUUCAUUUUCGAAGAGCUCUUCUUGUUCUGAACAUUGAGCUUUGUUGAGAUCUUCAAAAGCAUGUUUUAUUAUUUAAAUUGAUCUGUUGUUUAUUGUAUUGUAUUUUCUGCUGCAGUAGGCAUUUUGCCUUUUUAGCCUAAACAUAUCUUGUUCCACUAUUUAUUUUUAUUUUUAAUAUGGCUUGAAAGUAGUUAUUAUUAUUAUUCCUUAGUUAAAUUAUUUGGCUAUGCUAAGGUCAAAUGGUUUUAGAUAUAGAUAUGCAUAGAUAUGACAUGUACCGGUAAUCAUUUAGUCUUGUAGCUUGACAACCUUCGAAGUAAUAAAAUGCCAAGUGUAACUAACACUUUCCUGUUGGAUAACCUGGCCUACUGAUUUGUGGUGAGGGACAGAAAGCUGAAAAAGCAAUAUCUUAUAGGAAAAAUAAAUAGUCUACAACAAAAUUUCUGAAGUUAUUGAAGUUAAAAAUGCAUGCUCGAGAGUGAGGAAAUUAGUCAUCUUGAUGGUAAAUUUUAGUAUGACACAAAGUGAUGAAAUAUUUAAUUUUUGAAGUUAUAAUAGCUGGAGAUGCAAUGAUUUAAAAAAAUAUUCUUUGUAUGUAAGCUUGAAUAUGGGGAACAAAGGCUGGACCUCAAACCUUCUUUUUAAUGCAUAAUCUUAACAAUAGAAAUACAUUUCAUAGGCAAUUUAAUUGAUGUUGACAUGCCUAACUAUAAGUUAAUUUAGAUUAAUAUCUUGUGCAGUCCACAGAAUGGCAUCACCUAGCUGAUGAGUUCUCUAGCAAGGUUGGUGUUGCUGUAAAUCUGCUUUCAAAAUUGACAUCAGGACCAAAUAAAUCAUUUAUGUGUGACAUGUACUCCUAUCUUUGGGAUCUAGUCAGCAUACUCAAGAUCUGUAGAGCCUAUGUUCAGUGGCUAGGUAUUACUUUUUCAUUCAUGUAUUUUUUAAUUUACAGUUAUGCAUUGAUGAAUUGUUAAAUUUUUUUUUUCUAUAGUUGUAAAUGGUUGACAACAGUCAUUAAAUGUUAGCCUGAACACUUUAUGAUUUUCCGCUAUCAUCUACCAAAUCAAAUUAAAGUUUAUAUGGAUGUAGAAAUUAAUAUAUCAGGAUAAAUCAAAUAAUGUUUCUUAUAUUAUUAUAUAUUUUAUCAAAUUUAAAUAAUCCUUUUGUUUUUUUACAGCAAAGGGACUAGCAACAUAUCCUUUGGCUCAACAGACUUUUAGCUGUGUUACAUGUAGGCAUUUAUAUUUUUAUUUCCAUAUUAACAGUGCUUAUAUGUUGCAAGAAUCAUGACCUUUUAAGUGCAGCUGUCAAAUCAGAUUUUAAGUUUUUCCAAUGAAAUUGUUUUUGUAUACUUGAAGAUCAAUAUGUUGAUGGCUAUCUACAAAGUUAUUUUGUCCAGGAAAAAUUGAUAAUGGUUUUAAUGCAUUUCUAACACAAGUUAUACAUUAAAUUUCUGGCCUAUUGAUAUACAAAUAAAUAAAAUAACAAUUUUUUUUUUUUACUUUAGUGAGUAUUUUUCAAAGCUCCGAAUUAUUUAUAUAUUUAAAUGCUUCAUUGCCCACUCAAUUGUAAGUAUUUUUAAACAAAAAGUAAUAUGAUUUUUUUACCCAAGUGACAUGCAUUUUAAACUGAUAUGAAUUUUCCCUGAGCCAAGAUCUGCAACAUUGUAGUACAUUUGUUCAUACGUUUUAAAUUGUGUAGAUUUUUUUUGUUACACCAAAAGCUAUAUAUCCAAGAUUUUAGCAUUUGGGUCAUUACAAAUUCAUAGUUCUAAUACACAAUUUUUAACUUAUGAAUGAAUGAAAUAGUCUGUGAAACUUAUUAACCAAAUGCUAUGUGGCAAUUAACAUGGAUUCCCUAAAUUAUUUGAACAUAGCAAACACUUUUGUUUGCUCACUUUUCCUUUGAAGACAGUUUGCAAAUGUUUCUAAAACAAAUUUAAGAUACAUAUUUCACAACAGAUUUAUUUUGUGCAUAUUUUUUAUUUUGGGACAGUUUUCAUCAUCUGUCUUCAGAUUAAAUGGAAGUACAUCAAACAAAAAUGUUUUUGCAUUUUAAAAUAAAGCUUUGCCAUUUAUGAUAAGAUCCAAGUUCCUUCUUUUCCCCUUCUUGUCUUUGUGGUUGAGGAUGGUAGCUAUCAAAAAAAUUCAAAAUUAGUAGUGGGAUAAACUAUUUAUCAACUGUAGUUUAAAAAGAAAAUAUAAAAAAUAAAAGUAUUUAAUAAGCUUUUUUUUUUUUUAAAAAUGGCAAUGCUUUGAAACAAUGUAUGAUAAUUUUAAAAUAUCUGAUAGCUGCACUUGCUUCAUGUUUCUUUUUCUUGCUACAACAUAUAUGACCAGCAUGUUAAUUCUUUAAUUUAAUCCAUAUGUUGUUUUAUAUGUGUUGAAUUGAUACCGGUAUUAAAAAAAACAACUUCAUGAGUCAUAUAUCUUGUAUUGUGAAAUUUUAAACUUUUGAAAUAUUUGGCAAUAGUCACUGCCACAUGGUAGCAGCUAAAUUAAAAAAAAAUAAUUUCACUUCUUUUUGGGUUGGGUUUAUACUAAUGUUUAAUAAAUUCACUACUUUUUUGGUCCCAUUUUCCAAUUUUUUGGUCCAAUUUUCCAUUUUUUUUUAUAGCAUUUUAGGUUUUUUAUUAUUUGCAUGGUAAUUACAUUUUUUUUUUCUUGUGUAUGGUUCUGUGGUUGUAAAAUAUCAAUGUUAUAUAAAUGUUUAUUAAGUAGUAUAAUAACAAAUCAUAUGUUAUUAUUUGAGAUUUAUUCUGGUCCAAUAAGGGCUAAUUAGGACUUGUUUGUAUCUUCUCUCUGUGUGGCAAAAUGCAGGGUUUUCUAAAGGCUAUAAGGAGGCAUUUAUGAGUGGUGAUCAGGAGCCAUGGGUUUUCAGAGGUGGUCUUCAGGCAGAACUACAAGUAUGUAUGACAGGAGGGUCCUUGAUGUAAAGAGUAGAGUGAUGAAUCCUCAAUCAGAUCAAACUCUUUUAACUUUUUAUUUUAUUUUAAUGUAAUGUCCAUUGUAGUAUAUUAUUUUUUAUAGUUGUCAUCCCAAAGAGAGAGAGCUGUUUCUGAUGGUGGCUCUGACAAUAUUAAUGACUCUCUUUCUUACAGCUGCUGCUCACCGUAACUGCACCAAUAUCUCAGAAGCCCCUAUUUCUUAUUUCUUUCUUUCUACCAUCUGAUGAGAUCAUGAUGUACUGAAGUUGGUAAAUCCUUUGAGGUAGCUUACUUGCUUCCUGAAAUCACACAGCUGUGCUUUUUUUAUACAGCAUUCACAAUUGCAUGUGAGUAUAAUGUAAUAGUGAAUAUGUAAUGGUGUGCUUUCAUACAUUAGGUCACAGAGUCAAUUAUGUGCUAUUUUGGUUUUGGGUUGGCACAGGAUUGACAUUGAAUGUUCUUUCAAAAAGAAACUUAUCUUGUUGAUGUAAAAAAAAUUUGUUGCUACCUGUUUCGAGGGCAACAUCUAGCUACCCUUGUUUUAUUAUUGUGUCUUUUGAAAAGCAAUCGGAUACUAGACGUGUAACAAUAACUUUUUAAAAACCUCUAGGGAUAAAUCUCAGUAACAAUAAUCAGUUGUUCCUCUUAUCGAAGUAGUUGCUGAGGUAGACUUAUGCUCUAUACAAAUUCAUAGUCCAUUGAAAUAAUAUAAUAUUGAGCAGUGCUUUAAGACACAAUCAGUGAGCAAGGCCAACAAUGAAAGAACAUCCAUUCAAUGGCUCCUUUUUUAAAAAAUUAGCUUCUGGGAUUACAAACACUAAUCAUUUAUAAUUUUAUAUUGUUUCAAAGGUGUUUGCCCAGUUACUCUUUGAUCUGUAAAAUGUAUCUAAAAUGUGAAUUUUUUAAAGCUAUGAGUUUUUUUUUGGUAAAGAUUAAACUUUAUUAAUUGGGAGGGGCAAAUGAGUAACGAUUGAGACACAUUCAGUGCGUCUGUCCCAGAAGCAAAUUAUGUUUUAGGGCUUUUCAAUAACCUGGCCUCUUUUUUUUUUUUUGCAGAUUGAUCAGUAUUUGGCCAUUUUAUGACUACCUUAUAUUUUGAUUUGAAUAAGCAUGGUUGAUGAUGUUAUUAAAUAUUGCUUUAAAUAAGCCUUGCUACCCAGUUAAAAUAUUAAAGUUAUCACUUUCUGGUACCUAGACUCAGACUAGAUCUGCCCUUGUUUUGAGUAAUAUGGCUAUCAUCCGUAUUUGUGAAAUCAUACCAAUUUAUAUUAUUAGAAAACAUCAUUUUUAUAUAUUGAUUCACCUCAGAUUCCAUUUCACACAAGGAGUGGGAUUAAUUAGGUUGAAACACUAACAGAUUCAGAAAGUGUUUUAAAAUAAUCAGAUAUUAAAAUAAUUGUUGAAUUUUUUUAACUGGGUAAUUUUUAAAAUAAAGCUGGUGUAAACCAAGUUAAAAGGAAAGAACUUUAAACCAAUAUUUCAAAAUAUCAACUAGGUCAACAAAUGGUCAAGCAUUGCAUGAAAAUAAAUACACUCCACUCUUAAUUUACCAAUUUUUUCAGGCCUGAGAUUUUGGUGCAGUACCGUGUUCAGUAGUUGGCAGAGAGGCUCUUCAGACGUAAAACACUUAAGGCAAAAAUAGCAUUAAUAUAAAAAUAAACUUUAUGAAAUAGGUCAGUUCAGAAAGCAGCAGGCAGUUAGUAAAAUAUUGAGAUAUUAUAUUUUCUUAACCUUGUUUCUGAAUGCACUUUUACAGCGGCUAUUGCCUAUUGAUAGUGCUCACGACUUAUUUUACAUCAAGCCACCAGACUACAUAAUAACCAAAACAUUCAACAUCAGACCCUACAAGGCUGUGGAUGAGGUACUUUAAAUGACCAUUGUAAUGAGUUACCAUAUUAUUUAUAAAUUUCAUAUCUAUUUAGGCCUUUUUAUUACUAUGUUGUUCAGUCAUUUUUAAUGUUUGUUUUUAGUAAAUUACAUUCUGAAUUUGUUAAAGCACAAUGAAAUUUGCAUCAUUGUCACUUAAAUAGUUUUUUUAAAAAAGUUUUUUAAAGUUGUGCUGUUAGUAAAUUAACAAAAACAUGUAAAAAGCAAAAUUGAAAUAUAUUACUGGUCAAUAGUUUUACUACACAAUAAAAUUUACUAUUUCAGGAUGCUUUGUAUCAUAUUUGUUUGAAGACUUGUGAUGAUGGCAUGGAUGGCACAGAUGUUUUCCCUGAUAAUCCACAAAUAAUGGGGGACAAGUAUGUAUUAACACAAACUUUUGAAAAUUGUAUGCCAAUUCCAAGCAAAGUAGUCUAAAACGACAACAUCCUUUGUUACUUAUAUGCUUCGUGUACACCAAUAAUGCAAUUGUCACUCAGUUUUUUUAAAAACAUUAUGGCAGUUCUGUCCAACCUUUUUGACUACGUAGGGCAAAAAAACUUUUUCCGGGAUCCUGAGGGCGGCAAAUGACAUCUGAAAAGAAAAUUAUUCAUAAUAUUAAUACUUCUUACCUUUUGCAUAAAGAGUAAUAUAUAUCCAAUAUCAUUAUUGGCUCAUCAAGAAUAUAAAUAAAGCAGUUAAAGACUAGCCCUUUUUAUGAUAUAUUUAGGUUUGAAUUGUCCUUGCAAUUUUCUUAAUUUAGGUAGUUAUCAGUAGCAUCUGACCUCAUUAGAUUUUCUAAAUGUUCACUGGUCAAAUCAGGGCUGUAGGUUUUUUUUGUGGACCUGUUGUUGUUCAUAACAGAGAAUCCUGCUUCACUGAUGUAAGGUGCUUCCAAAAACAUGGUCAACAUUUUGUUACAUUUUCACAGUUGGGGAACUUCAUCAGAAGAAACAUAACGGCAUCCAGAAUUUAUUUGGCCACACAUUCUUGUGUUUGUUUAUAAAUAAAAUAUUUUCAAGAAUCGUUCCUAAUGUCUCUCACAAUUCCUCCCUUACUGAAUUGCACUGACUACAAACAAACACAGCUUGUAUCCUGCUUUCUACUUAUUGAACGUCUCAUACUUUGAUCUCUGGAUACCAGGUACUUGUUCCGAACAUCACAACAAUACAGGGAGGAGAUACACUCCACAUAUGUGGUUAAACUACCUGUUAAAGUAAUAUGGUACCAUAAAUGGUUUACACUUCCCACCAGUCAUUCAAUUGUGAAGCCUUUAGUAUCCCAGAUCCUAUCUCGAUUACUCUGACCCCAAGACUUUCUUAGUUUUUUUUAACUAACCUCUUGGUUUAAUAUUAUAAUGUUUUCACAAAUAGAUCAGCCAUGGAGGACGUCUGCAAUUUAAAAAUAUUAAAAAACUGGAAUAGCCACACUGUGCCUAAAACAGCAUAUACAAAAAAAAAAUACUCUUUUUUUUUUUAAAUAUUUUUUUUUUAUGUCAGCAAGAUCCUUUACACCCCCACCUUCUUUGUCCGUUUUUGAACAAACCCUUCUCCCCAUCUUUGCAGAUGUUCUUUGCCUUUAUGCAUGUUCCCUUACAAGUAAUUCUAAAACUUGAGAGAGGAAUAUUUUGACAAAUUAAUGUAUAUACCAGUUGUUCAAAGAACCAACCAUAUUCACGGAAAUUUAAAAAUGCAGGGUGCUGUGGACAUAGGAUUCCAGAUUAUAUAUGGGAGCAAAAGUUGUUUACAAUCAGAAAGCAAGGGCAGACAGUUCACAGGUAGAACUAGAUAGAUUGAUGAUAUAGAGACAUUUAUAUUAGCUGAGGGUCUGAAUUAAAUGGUUUCAUGGAGCAGGCAGCACCCUCCAUUUUCUAUACACUACACCAUUAAUGAAGAUGAUAUAAUUAUUGUAUACAGAAAGGCUGGACAUGGCAGCAGGCUAAUUUAUGUAAUUAGAAGUUAUUUUAAACUUCUAUUUGAAAUGCUUUAAUUUUUUUACUCUAAGCUCAAGAAAUUAUUUCAUUGAUUUGCCUCUUAACUAAAGAAAACCAUCCUCCUCAGGCUUAUAGGCAAAUUUUUGACACUUAGUCCAGACUUCGGAUUUGUCGUUGAAGAUGAUGUUGGAGUUUGUGGCUAUGUAGUUUCUGCCAUAGAUGCUCAGGAUUCUGCUAAGAAAUGUAAAAUGGCUUGGUUACCUAGUUUGCGUGAAAAGUAUCCCUUAACAGAAAAGAAAGAUGGUUGUUCUCCUGCUGAUGUGAGUAUUUAAUUUCUCCAUAUUCUCCUGCUGAUGUGAGUAUUUAAUUUCUCCAUAAGUCCAUUCCUUUUUAACAUCUUUUCAGUUUUACAAGUGUUUUCUCUGUGUAUGAGCCCCAAUCUUACUUAGUAUUAUAAAGAUAAUAAUUUAUAAAAAAUUUCUGAUUUAGUGAGUUAUAACUAUUAUAUUAAGAUUCACAUAUUGCACAAUAUUUAGAAUUAGCUGAUCUUUACUAUAAUUUCUCAGGGAGAGAAAGAACAGAUCUUGGUGUAAUCAAUUAGACUGGUAUAAAAUAACAAGCCUUAAAAAACUUUGUCUCAACUUAGUCAGUUACAAUAUGUUUUAUGGAUUAAAUAUAUUUGAUUUAUAUUAGUGUAUAUUUUUUAGUCCUUAGGCAAAAUGAAGUAAUUAAAAAGAUUAAUUUUAAACUUGUUUUUCUAAUUAAUGUAUGAAUUUAAUUAAACUGGUUAGGUACCAGAUAUUGUUAAAGUUUUCUUUUAAAAUAAAUUCUAGGAAGUAAUCCAGGGUUUUCACAAUGAACAACGAAAUGUGCCUGAAGAAAUAUACUCAAUGUAUCCAUCAAGUCUUCGUUUAGACAUUCUCCCAAGUCGUGUAGAAGACCCUGCUUUGCCACGUCGACUUCUGGCUUGUGUUUUAUCUGCACUCAAAAGCUCUGGAUCAAAGGGGGUUCAUUGUGAACUGAAUGUUGGUGAUAAAUUUAUGAUUGAUUUCUACGCAAAGUUGGGCUUUUUUGCAAUAACAAUCAUGGAAGAAACUAGUGAAGAUACCAUCUACUUAGGAAGGCCAAUAUAAGUUACCAUUUUUGUAAAAAUUUGUGAAACAUUUUCUAAGUGAAGGAAGCUAUUCAUUAGCAUUAUCAGCUAUAAAACUCUUUGUCCAAAUUUUUGUGAUUGAUCUAUUUUGUUACUUCAUUAAGUCAGUUUUAUUGACUCCAAUAUUGGAAGGAAAUUAAGAGGUAAACUUAUUUAACCAUGUGUUAAAGGUUAGUUUCUAAUGUGCAGUAUAUUAAUGCAUUACUAGCCAAAAUUGUGGAUCCACUCAUUUUAUUUUAUAAGCUCUGAGUUGGAAUUUCCCUGUUGAGAUUUUUCUUGUGGAUGAAUCCUAGAAGCAAAUUCACCCCUAUAAAAUAUUUUUUAACGCCACCAUUUUAUGUUACUUAGCUUGUUUCAGUGCCCCAUUUUUUAGUGUUCUUUUCAUACUAAUAUUGUUAAAGUCUACUGACAAUUUAAUAAUUUCUAGGACCCCUGUUUUAAAUAAUUUUUAAGCCAUUUUUUUUGGCAAACUAAUCAAAGCAUGGAUUGUUUGUUAUACCGUUAAGAUACAAAGACGUCAUGUCCUUUUAUAAAUACUACUAACAGUAUUUGACCAAUGAAGGCAUGUACUGAAAAUUGCAAUUAUUUGUCAGUACACUUUUAUACCUCCUAUUGAGAAGCAUUGUAUACAUUUUGUUCAUACUUUUGUCCAGCACUUCUUUUAUAUCAUUUUAAAAAAAAAUUGUUGUUGUAGCUGGCUAAAUGUAACUUCUACUUCUAGUCCUGGGAAUUUAGAUCUGUUUAAGAUGAUGAGAAGAAAACACUAUAAUUUGAUGAUAUAAUCGUUUAGAUUUAUCUCCAGAGAUCUGAAUUCAUUCACACAACAGGUGUAUUCUUUCAGAUUGAUGUAAUUUUGGGUUUGAAUUUUUUUUAAACAUGAAAACAAAAAAAAACUUCACCAGUUGUGUUAUAAAGUUAAAUUUCAACAAUAAUAAUAUAGAACCUCAUAAAGAAAAAAAAAUUUCUAUGCAGGUAUACCCAAUUACCCCUGCUUACAUCAGAGGGAUUUAAGAUUGUUUACCUAAUGUUAAUGUGCAUUUAUUUUGUGACUAGCAAAGUUAUAAGUUACACAUUUCUUUGACUGGAUAAGUGAUUAACUGAAAAUUUAAUUCAUCCAUAUCUCAAAUGCAUCAGCUCUUGCAAAAAAAAAUCAAUUUAAAUUCAAGGUAACAGGUAUCUUAAUUUAUGUGUCCAGUUCAGUUGUUAUAAACACAUCAUUUACAUCUGUUAUUCCCUUAUAUGACAAUUGCGGGUAUGCCUGUAUUGGUUUAACUUCCUAAACGAACCACAAUUCAAAAUAUAAUGAAGGAAGUAAACUUCAUUGCCAUGGAUGUCAAUCAAAUUUAUAAUUUAAGAAACAUAAAUUGUAAAAGUUAAUUCCCAAAAUGCUUAUUGGGAUUUAAUCUAAGAAAAAUAUUGUUUCUUUUUGUUAGUAAUGGAGUGAAUCCAGUACCUGGUAUUCAAAUUAUUGUAACUAGUUUCUUUGUGGAUGUGACGUUGAUUAGAGACUAUUUUUGCUUGCUUUAUAGUAUAAAGGUCAGUAAUCCUACUACAUUUUAACACAUCCCCAGUGAGUGAAAAGGAUGUAGAAAAUGUUAUGCUGUGAUGAAAUUGUAUUAAUGAAUAAAAUUGUUAAAAAUAAAAAAUAUUGGAAGAGUUAUAAGAUUAAGCUUCAAUUAGUCAUGAGACUAGCAUAGCAGAAAUAUGAUCCUAUUAAGUAUUAUUAAAUUACAAAAAAUGUGAAUUGGAUGACAUGUUCCUAUUUUGUCCAUUAGAUAUCAAUUAUAUUAUACAAGUAUUGUUACCCUGGUGAGUUUGUUAAAGUGCUGUGUAAUAAUAAUCCCUAGAUAUCUUAAUUUAGAUAAAUAACACAGAAAAUCUUUACUCUUUACACCCUGGCUCUCAUUUGGAAUUGACUAUUGAUACGAGUAUAAAAUUUGUUUACAUUUUCACAUUAUGAGAAGAAUUUUUAAUGAAGUAUUUUAUUUUUGCAGUGCAAAUAAUUGUGCAAUAUCCUUUCUUGUAGAAAAAUUCCAAGCCCAAUUUAAAAUCAAUUUCAAAAGAUUAGCUUACAGUAACUUUGGGACUGAUAAAUGUCAAGCAAGCAUUGAAACUUUUUGAACUAUCACUCAUAAUGAACCAGAAAUAUAUCUUAUGUUAAUAUUGUAUAAGGAAAUUUCUAUAUUCUUUUUUUUUACCCCUGCAAUUGAAAUGAGAACUACUCAGUGUGAAAGUGAAACAUUUGAUGUUAAUAUUUUAACUAAUGUACAGGUAUGUGUUUAUCUAGGAAGUAACAUUGUUUAAUUAGACAGUUUCCAGUGCUACAUUAUAAUACCAAUGUACUGAUGAUACUGUGAUCUUUGUCCCAACCAAUGUUGUAUUUUUAUUCUAUCAACAGGUGAUAUAAAUAAAUUGUCUUGGCUAUC